AUGUGUGAGGACAACCAGACUGAAGUCACAGUAUUUCUACUUCUUGGUUUUAAAGGUCUAUAUUCAUACAAAGUUCUAUUCUUCAUCCUGUUCCUCUUCUCCUACAUUGUGGUGCUUAAUGGGAACCUAAUCCUCAUUAUUUUGGUGUCGAUAAGUGAACGCCUCAAAAUUCCUAUGUUCAUCUUCCUUAAACAACUAUCAGUCGCUGAUAUCCUAAUAACCACAAUCAUUAUACCAAUGAUGUUGGAUAUCAUAUUAAAGGAUACAAAAGAAGUGUCUGUCACCGGUUGUCUCAUACAGAUUUACUUUUUUGACAUUUUUGGAUUUGUGCAAUGUAUUAUUAUUGCUAUAAUGUCUUAUGAUAGAUAUUUGGCCAUUUGCAAUCCGAUGCGUUACAAUGCCAUAAUGUCAACCGAUGUUUGCAUGAAAAUGAUUGCUGCUUCUUGGUUAUUGGUCUUUAUCGUAUCAGGUGAAAUUAUUUUGGUUUGCCAGUUACAAUUCUGUGGUCUAAACUACAUUGACCAUUUCUUCUGUGAUUUUGGCCCGCUUGUAGAAUUAUCCACAUCAGACACUUCAUUGUUGUUACUGGUUGAUUUCGUCUUGUGUUUUGUUUUUAUUUUUAUUCCUUUUUCAGUAAUCAUAAUAACCUAUAUAAUAAUUUUCUACGCCAUACUAAAGAUUUCUCUCAACAGUGGAAGGAAAAAAGCCUUCUCCACAUGCAGCUCCCACCUUGCUACUGUAUGCUUAUAUUAUGGAACCCUGAUGACAGUUUACAUGGGGUCAUCAGACGACAGCUCACAUAUCAAAAAUAAGUUCUGUUCACUACUAUAUUUAGUGGUGACACCCUUGAUGAAUCCCAUUAUCUACAGCUUCAGAAACCGUGAGAUUAGGCAGACUCUGCAAAAGUUUUUAAAUAUUCAAACAUAA